AUGAUUGAAUCUACAACUUCGCAUCAAGAUUUUCAACAAAGAUCCAUGACAGGGUACGCCCUGGAACAUCCAUCCUAUCGGGUCCGAGGCGCUCUAUUUCGACACCAGGACGAUGGACGCCUUCUUUCAGGUACGUCUUCUAAUUUCUUCCAUGUUCGGUCAAGUUCAAAAAUUACAGGUUGUGGUGGUGACCUGGAAGUAAUCCAUGCUCUGGAACUGGAAAGAUCCCAACACACUGGUCUUCCAGUCCGAGUAACCAAUGUCGUGGUGUUCGGUUCGAACGACGUUGUCCGAUUGAUUCAACCAAUCGAAGGAACUGAAGACGUCAUCGUCAAUGGUGAUUACCACGUGUCGAUUGUUCAAUCUGUUGAACUAUUCGAAAGUUCGACAGUUUCGAAAAGUCGAAUUCUGAAACUUCCUGGAAAAAUUGUAGCUGUCAAUGCAGAGAAGCAUUCGAACACUGAGCUUCUUCUGGUAUUUCUCCUGGAAACCGGUUUGUAUCAUUACUCAUUUUGUGCGCAGACAUCCGACCACUUUCAGUGUAUUCAAGCAUUCCGAUGCAACCGUCCCAUUACCAGUGGCUUACUCUGGAGAGAUUCUGGACUUCUCCACGUGGCAUAUUACGAUGGGUUCGUAAGAGUUGGAGUGGUUCAUGAGCAAUACGACGAUAUGCUUUUGGUGAAACGUGUAGCAGUGAAUCGUAACAAUUUGAGUGUCUUGCUGGAUGUUGUUUUCGAGGAGAUUGGCAGGAUUCAGAAGUUUGAAGAUACUGAAAAACAGAGAAGAGAAGAUAUGCUGACGACGUCAAAGUGUCUAUCGGAUAAGUUGGUUUCGGAGGAGGAAGUCGUGGAAGGAGAUACUGCUACCGAGGAUUUUGCAAAACUUAAAGUUGAUUUCAAAAAUCAGUCGAUCCGAUGUGAACGAGUAUCCCAACGCCUAAUCUCUCUUCGAAAACUGAUCACAAUUAUAAAAUCAUACAUGGAUAUGAAUGAUCAAAUCGAGCAAAUGAUCGCACUUCUCGUAGAUCAAUUAGAAGAAUUGGAGAAAUUGGAACAGCUUUGCGAUGAAGUUCAAAAGACUGGAAAUCAGAAUUUAAUCGGGAAAAGUUGGAUUGCAGUAGAGGAAAAAAGAAUGGUGGUGGAUGAAUUGAUAGCCAAAGUGAAUAGUGAUCAAAUCAAGAAACAUUCCGCCGAAUGGGGAAAUAAAAUCGAUCAGAUUAUCGAUCAAUUGAAUGGGUGUUCUGAGAGUGCAAAGGAUAUGAGAAUGAUCAUUAGUCAGAAUAUAUUCGAGCAUCGAGGAGAUAAAAAGGAUGUAUACACUCAUUUCGUUUUGGAUUCACAGAGCAGAGAUAUCACUUUGUACUGUCUUUCUGGUCUGACUACAUUGGCUAUUUAUCCGAGAAAGGGAAAAAGGCAUACAUCAAAAACUACAAACAUUCGAAAAUCCCAAAUCUUCAGAGUCGCCUCCAUCUCCCUGGACGCCUCAUUUGCCACGUGUCUCACCGCCGCAUGUGCCAUGAAAUCUGCAGAAGGCGUCUAUGUAGCAGAUCAGAAUGCCGUAUUUCCAAUCUACUUUUAUAGCGAAAAACGCUACUUGGACGCUGGUAAUCAACUACAAAUUCCGGCAUUUGACAGCAUUUCAUCGAUUCUCAUUGAACCGCAUCAAAUGAUCCUCGGAAGUGUCACCGGUGGACUUCUCCACCUCUCCUUCGAUUUCGCAUCCAACUAUGAGCAUUUCGUAGUUGCCAGCAGUAUGUUAGCCCAUCCAAUUUCAUCUGGAGCUGUCAAUUGUAUCAAACUCCUGGCCACCGGAGAAUCCCUCCUCGCUCUUCAUUGUACUGAUGCAGAAGUCGUCGUUUCUGAGAAGGAUCAGGAUAGAUGGCAUCGUGUGACACAUCAUACAGGAGGAGCUCAUUCCAUUGCAGUCACCCCGUUUUCUGUUGAUGAGAGAGGAUCUUUUGCUGUCGUUGCUAGUGACACUUUUGUCAGAUUGAAAGCGUUACAGUAUGCUGAAGAAAGCCUAAUCGGUCUUCACGAUCUUGGAGAAUCCCGAGCUGAAGAUGAAAACGGUCAUCCUAUAGAAGUCUUGAACGUCAGUCUGGAUCCAAGUAUGCAGUAUCGUCAACUUCCGUGCAAACUUCGUUACGCCGUCGGAUUCUCUGAUAAAGCCAUCCGAACCUAUGUUGCACUUCUCACCGGACAACACGAUUUCACCGUCACUGAAAAGUUCAUCGCACAGAUCGAGCCGCUAUUCAGUGUACAGAAUAUGAUCUGCUUCCACGGUCGUCCAAUGGGAUGCUACGUGAGCUGCGCAAAGACUCUUCAAAUCUGGAAUGAUCUGGAUCGUCAUCAACAGAAAAAGCUGAAAAGUGAACGAAUGCAACUUCUGAAGUUAUCAUCUUCAGUGACGUCAAUGGAAAGGACGGAAGGAUUUCUUCUUGUUGGAUUCGCCGAUGAUCGUUUGUCGAUUUACGAAGAGAAGGGAAAUGGAGCUGUGGAUUUAGUGGGAACUAUAGAGAAUUGGCAUACAGGCCUCAAUGAUAGAAGUGUUUUGGGACUUCGAACAAGGAUAUCAAAGACAUCUUGCGGCACUCGACUGUUCAUUCAUUCACUAACUGCACAUCAUAUUGUUAUUCAUACUGUACUUGUGACAUCUUCCAAAAUUGAACAGCACGACUUCAUUGUGGCUCACGAACACUCGAUGAGCCAACCGAUUGGAUUCGAAUUCGUCUCAUAUAAAUAUUUCGAAUUUCUCGUCUACGGACGAGGAAUUUCCAACGAGAAACUAUCAAUUGAAGAUCGAAAACGAAUGGAUUGCUUCAGAGAUUUCGAGUUCAAUUAA